AUGAGGCCACUGCAAACCACACUUGCCAAUUUAUCAAAAGUUUUAGCAAGCCAUUGCCAAGCUAUCAAGGUGUCACUGAUUACAGAUACUUACACUGCCAACAACAUUAUAAACAGCUAUAUAAAAUGCAAAGAAUUGAUCAAUGCUCUCAAACUGUUCGACGAAAUGCCUUAUCCAGAUACCGUCUCUUGGAACACCCUGAUCGCAGGGUAUGUAAAUUCUGGAUGCUUUGACAUGGCAUGGGGCGUCUUGAAAUCCAUGAAGAAUAUUGGGUUUGUGUUCGAUGGCUAUACUUUUGGGAGCAUUUUCAAGAGCAUCGCUUCGAGUAAUCAUCUUGAGUGUGGGCAACAGGUGCAUGCUGAUGUGAUUAAGAUGGGGUAUAAGGGAAAUGUUUAUGCUGCCAGUGCGCUUUUGGAUAUGUACGUGAAGUGUGAUAGAGUUGGGGAUGGAAGUGUGGUGUUUAAUGACAUGCCGGAGAGGAAUUCUGUGUCGUGGAAUGCUUUGAUUGCGGGAUAUGCAGAAUUGGGCGAUCACAAGCAUUGUUUUCAAUUGAUGAUGUCUAUGGAAAGGGAAGGUUUGCGGGUUGAUGAUGCCACCUUUGCACCACUUUUGGCGAUGCUAGAUGGGGUUGAGUUUUGCAUGUUCAUGAAGCAGAUUCAUGGGAAGAUUAUGAAAAUUGGGUUAGAGUUUGAUAACACUGUCUGUAAUGCUUUGAUCACCGCAUAUUCAAAAUGUGGGUGCAUUGAUGAUGCGAAAAGAAUUUUUGAUAUUACUGGGGGAUACCGAGAUCUGGUUACAUGGAAUUCAAUGCUAGCAGCUUAUAUGGAGCAUGAUCAAGAAAAAUGUGGAUUUAAGCUCUUCUUGGAGAUGGAAAAGCUUGGUUUAGAACCAGAUAUUUAUACAUAUACUACGAUAAUAAGUGCUUGUUUUGUGGAUUCUCAACAGAGUCAAGGGAGAUCUUUACAUGCUUUGGUUCUAAAGAGGGGAUUUGAACAGUUAACACCAAUUGCUAAUGCCUUGAUUUCGAUGUAUCUGAAAUCCAUUAACAGCAGCGUAAAUAAUGCAUUGAAAAUCUUUGAGUUCAUGCAUGUCAAGGACCUUGUUUCUUGGAAUACAGUUUUGACAGGCUUGUCGCAAAAUGUCAUAUCUUUUUAUGAUCUUGAUCUUGAUCUUGUGGAUGAUAAUUGGAUUCCAGAUGAUCAUCAUUUACUGAAAUCUGUGAAGGCUUAA